UCUUCGAGUUGAACGUCUGGUUUGACAUCUAAGUCCUGUCAACAUCAAUCAAGUCACACAAAAUCAUGUGAUUUAGAAGAAAAUACAUUAAAACAACCACACCAAGAUCAGAUAAAUAAUGAAUUUUAAUAAAACUCCGGAGUGUCCUAAUUACUUAAAUUACUUUUACAAUGAUCCUCCCCCGAAACCUAGAAAAGUUAAAUGCCCAGCGGAGGAAUCCGAGGAGAAAGUCGUAAAGAAAAAAUGCACCGACACAGUGCAAAGAUGCAAAAGUCAGUCGAAACGGAAAGAACCGAAACCGCAAAAAUUCAAUCUAUUCGAACCCAGACCUCAAGUGCCCACAUACGAUCGACUAUGCAGCACUUCAUCGGAGACCCAGUUUCAACAGAGAAGGGUGCACUACCUCGAUCAAGCGACGACUUGUCAACGAGUGGCGGGAGAUUGCGACCACGAAAAAUCUAGCAGCACAACUCCGGUCCAACAGCCGAAACAAGGAGUAGAAAAAUCGUGUUGCACAGUCGAAUGGCCAUCUCAACCGGUGGAGAAAUCCUGUUGCACAAGCGAACCGCCAAGAAAGGUGGAAAAAUAUUGCUACACACAAAAUCAAUCGGGCGAGAUUGGCAGCCCGACGAAACAAAAGUCGUGUUCGGUGUCGUCGAAACGCGUGACAGUCGAAUCGCCCCAACAAUACGACUCAACGGAAGAAAUAUUCUGCAGUAACGUGUCGAGCCGUGGAUCUACCGAUUCGGAGGCGCAACCUUGCCAGAUGAACUCGCAAGGAGACCAACAUCUCCAGCAUGUCGAAUGUGGCGCACAACGACCGAUCUUUCAGACGUGUCACGGACAGGAACGCGUCCUUAUUGGGCCCGUCAAGCUCAUGAGGGUCAGGGAGGGUGGACACAGGAAUUUGUUUAAGGAGCGGGUCGGAGAUUGGGCGAGGGUGACGCUCAAUAAUCCUACAGAUUAUCAAAGGAUCCGGCUGAUACCGAAGCACAAUUUGAAAAGUCUUAUCAAAAAUAUAAACUGUUGUAAAUGUCCGCGUCAACCUAUUCAAGUAUUUAAUUUUAAGUCAGUGGAACGAGAUUGUUAGUGCAAAAAGGGCAAAACAAAAUUUUUAUUUAAAUUUUCAAUAAAAACCCAUUGAUACUAA